GAUUUUUGUGCCGCGUGGUCUAAAAUUAAAAGCGCAGCAUAUUGUGAAAAUCUAGCGGUACUUAAUAGCUGCUAAACAGUGUAUGUGUAUUAAACUAAACUUGGCAAAAACUUUGUUAAUUAUUGUGUUAAGUUUGAGAAGAUAGCUCGAGAGCCAAGCCAAGCGCAAACAAUAACAACAAGCAGAGCAAAGCAUCAGCAGCAGCAGCAAAAUGGUCAACGUUGUGGAUAGCGGCGCCAAACAUGCGCCACAGGAAAUGGAACAAUUUCUGCCUGGCGAUGGCACUAACAAAUACAAGAUUCAGCCACGCAAAUCAGAUGCGGAACAGGCAAUGAGCAAUGAUGACUUCGAUCCAUUUGCAAUGCGUGACAAUGAGCAUCCCACCACUGACAGUGAAACUCUGACGCAUUUGCUGAAGGCCUCGCUGGGCACUGGUAUUCUGGGCAUGCCCAUUGCCUUCAUGUACUCUGGCUUGGUCCUGGGCAUCUUUGCCACCAUCUUUACUGCCUUCAUCUGCACGCACUGCAGUUACGUGCUGGUUAAAUGCGGUCACAAGCUUUACUACAGAACGCGCCGCACUAAGAUGACAUUUGCUGAAAUUGCCGAGGCUGCAUUCCUUAAGGGUCCAAAGUCACUGCGCAUGUUUGCGCCCGUCGCCAAGUUCUCCAUAUUGUUUGGCCUGUUCUUAACCUAUUUUGGCACUUGCGCUGUCUACACUGUGAUUGUGGCUAAGAACUUUGAGCAGGUGCUGGAGCAUUGGUUUGGCUUUGAUAUUGAUUCUCGCAUGCUGAUUGGCAUACUGCUGGUGCCUUUGAUUCUGAUCGCCUGGGUGCCCAAUCUCAAGUACUUGGCGCCCGUCUCGAUGGUGGCAAAUGUGUUCAUGGGUCUUGGCCUGGGCAUUACCUUUUACUAUUUGUGCCAGGAUCUGCCACCAAUUCAGGAGCGCUCAUUGUUUACGCUCGGCACGCUGCCUUCGUUUUUCUCCAUUACCAUCUUUGCCAUGGAGGCUAUUGGCGUAGUCAUGCCGCUGGAGAACAACAUGAAGACACCGAAGAGCUUCCUGGGCGUUUGCGGUGUGCUCAGCAAGGGCAUGUCGGGCGUUACACUGAUCUACAUUGUAUUGGGCUUCUUGGGCUAUCAGCGGUAUGGCGAUGCUACUGGACAGAGCAUUACAUUGAAUCUGCCCGUUGAGGAGUGGCCUGCACAGGCUGUCAAGGUGUUGAUCGCUUUGGCUGUCUAUUGCACAUUUGGACUGCAGUUCUAUGUGUGCUUGGAAAUCGUCUGGGAUGGCAUCAAGGAGAAGUGCACCAAGCGUCCACUGCUUGUCAACUAUGUGCUGCGCACUGUGCUGGUAACUGCUGCUGUUGUCUUGGCAGUUUCAGUGCCAACUAUAGCGCCAUUUAUGGGUCUCAUUGGUGCGUUCUGCUUCUCCAUUCUCGGCUUGAUUUUUCCGGUCAUCAUUGAGCUCAUUGUGCACUGGGACACUGGCUUCGGUGCCUACAACUGGAUAUUGUGGAAGAACAUUCUUAUUACCUUCUGCGGCAUUGGCGCUCUUGUCUUUGGCUCGCUGUCUGCUGUCAAGGAUAUUAUUGCAGAGUACAGUGGACCAACUGGACCACCAGAAGCUCAAUAAACUGCGCAUGGAGUCGAAAAGCAAAAAAUCUCCUACACACAUACACACACAUACAAACAAACAAACAGCUAAUUGCAAACAGUGCUAUACCAAGGGAUAUAUAUUUAUUAUAUACAACUAUAUACAUAUACACAUAUGUAUACAAUUGCAGAGUUAUACAUACGUUUUAAGCAUAGUUUGUAAGCCGCUGCUAGAGCAAUUGCCUGUUGCGGCUACAGUUUCCUAGAAAUCUAACUAUUGUUAGAUGUAAAACAGCGCCCACAAUUUGUAAAUUCUUUUCUUUUGAUUUUUCUCCAUUGUUUUGUGCGUGUGCAUUGCAAAGUAGUUAACUAAGAUAUCUAACUAUAUAUACUAUAUAUAAUCGAGUGCCUAUCUUAACUAGCACACAGCACCAAAACUGUCAGUUUUAGCACGUUUAUAGUACACAUGCAGUUAACAAUUGAUAGUACCUAAGUACGAAAGUUUAAACUUAGCAUAAAUUCCUAAAAAAAAACAUUUUUAAAUUGAUUUUAGUACAUGUUGGUACCAAGCUGAAAAGAUUUUUAUAGCAUUGCAGCCCUUAACUACAGUUGAUUCUAAAUUUAUUUCUUCCUUCCCCCCUCUCUGUUCUAAAAGAGUAUUACUUUAAAGUUUAAACCAAAAUAUUGCAAAAUACUUAUUAUUAAUUUUGCUAGCUGCGCACAUUUUGCAGCUUUAACAUUUUUUUAACGUGUUUAGUUGAUAAGCAAUUUACUCUGCAAGCCAUUCAAAAAGAUUUUUAUUUUUGUAUAUACUUUUUGCGGAGAGCUCUAACAAUUAAAUGUUAGUAUUGAGCUACUCAAAUUAUAAACAUUUAGUUUGCUAUAUAAAAAAAAAAACAAGCACGAUAUUCUUAAUGCAUAUUACAUUUUCUGUUGUUGCCUAUUAAUUGUAUAUGUAGCUUUAAACUUAAAAAAAAAAAAA